AAAUUACACAUUUUUUGCAAGUAGACUGAUCCAUUCAAGCCUAUGCGUUUGACAUUUUGCAGGUGGUUCUGGCUAUGGAAUCCUGACCCUGUGGGCACUUUUGGCAUUUUCCACUCCCUCGUGUGCUCAAGGUUAUAUGUAUUGGCAGUAUCAGUGUCUUUUCCGGCCUUGAUCGAUAUACAAAUCAGGUCGUAUCAGAUGUACAUUAAAAAUGGACCAGCUGAUACACCAUGCAUGUGUUUGGUGUGCCUCCAUCUCUUUCUCUGGGCAUCUGUUCUAGCCAACUUUCCGGAGCUUGGGCCAGUAUACACGGUCUGUCCCUCGCUUUGGGGGUUUUGGUAUGGAUUCUUGAUAUUGGAACCCCACGCUUGUUCCUCUUUUGUCAUAUCGAGGGAGAUGAUUCCAUUCCCAAUAUCGAUAUUUGUGUGGGUUUUAAAACCCUAAGUCUAGGUCACAACUCCUUGUUCUGUCCUAGUUAUCACCCAACCACUCCUUGUUCAUGUGGUUUGAUGCUGAUUAUGAGUCUGUGCCUCCUGUCAUCACGUUUAUUGAAAAUUAAAUUCUCUCACGGUGGGUUUAACAUUUAUCAGUUUGUACUUUGGAGAGUCAGAAUCUAAGAGGGGGCAAGAAAACUCUGUAACACUUAACAUUAUGAAUUGCUGAUCUUAAUGGUUCAAUGUAAUUUGAGUUAAAGGUAAAAUGAUAAAAAUUUGCACUCCAUUCCUAAGAUGCAACGGUAAGGUACGAAUGUUGCGACUUGAUGGUCAAGCAAUCCAAACAGUCUCUCGACAUUCUCGGGGAAAGACUGCGUAGUUCUAGUCUCAUUAGACUUUGCACAUGCGGGAGCUUCGUGCACUGGAUGCAGAUUGUGCCAAGAAUAUAGAUGUCCUGUUCUAUCACAUUGGUGAUACAUUCGUUACAGUUGCUAGAGAAAUUGUUGAGCAACUGGAACUAGCUGAUCAGAAUGUUAAGUUCGUCGCUGCAAUGAUUGAUUUGAUAAUGACGACAGACCAAUGGAGAUUUUGUAUACUAAUUGAUCAUCAAGUUGGUCUGAAUGGAACCCAAAUCGCUGAAGGCCAUGUCAAGUACCAGUUACCUAAACAGGGAGAAAGCUCUACUGGGUCUUUCCAGAAUGCUUUCGAAAAGCCGUGGACGUUUCAAGGCUUCCAGCUCACGUUGAUUCUACUUCUGCCGAAGGACCCACCCUCAUGAAGAUCUGGGUUCAGGCAUGUCAUUCAUUUCAGCAGUCUCUAAUGAAGGAAAUUAUGAGAGAAGCUUGGCCACACUUUUUGCGAAACAUGAUGUACAGGUUAUAAUGAAUAUGACAUGAAAAAGAGAAGUUACAGAAUCAUUGUCUGAAGUUGAAUAAGUGGAUGCUUUAUGACACACAGAUUGAUAUUAACAAAAGCAUCAAUGAUCUGCAGACCUCUAGAAAUUAUCUGUGAUUGAUGAUGAAGUUGAGAUUGGAACUGAAGCUGAUUGAAUUCCAGUACCAGCAGACAAUCAAAGACAGCCACAAGAGAAGCACAAAGCUAUCAUGGAGGCAAAGAGAAGGUUGUACAGUAGAUAGCCUCAGCUCAGUUUCUUUCAUGCUGGUUUACUUGCUCUUCUUUAUAACUGUAAAAGGCUCUUCAUGGAAGAGGACUUUGGUAGUCAAUUCAUAAUUGUUCUACUGUGACAUAAAUCUCACCUUGAGGAUUACAUUGAGUAGGAAAAGGACCCAACUUUUAUGGU